AUGUACUUGGAUAUUUCAGCAACUGGACAACAUGUAUAUGUACCCUCUUCUGGACUACCUCUACCUAGAAGUCCAAAACAAGGAAUCAAUGAAGAUUUCCUUGAGUCAAGUGGUGAUUCUGAUGAGGUUCAGCCGGAAGCUGAUGGUCUUUCUAAUAGAAAAGGAAAAAAGAAAUCAAGUACUGUUGAGAAAGGUAAAGGAUCGGCCAAAAAAACCGGUAGGGUCGGAGGUGCUGCUCUUCUAGCAAAGAAGAUUGAUCGAAUGUGUGAGGCCAUUGAGAGUAGGAGUACAUCAUCUUCUAUGAUCAGUAAGAGUGCAGAAGAUCCGAAUAGUAGCAUUAAAGAAGUGAUGAAGGUAGUCACUUCUUUGCUUGAAGGUGAGCCAGGAUCUAAGUUGUGGUUCUUUGCCACUCGGUUAUUUCUUAAUCAAGAGAAGAAAGAGAUGUUUUGCACUAUGGAAUAUCCUACGAUCAAGUUAGAGUGGUUAAAGUUUGAGAUGAGUGAAACAUACGACAUAGGUUUAGAUUGA